UACAAACUCGUCAGAGUAAAGCACUGCAAGUAGUAAUCGAAGCAAUCGCCAAUACAUCAGGUCUUGAAAUUUUACGAAUAAUCACGUUUGAUUUCCAGGGAUGUGGAGAGAGUGGUGGCGAAACAAGUUAUGGGAAUUACUACGACGAAGCUGAAAACCUUGAAACUAUUAUUCAGUUUGCAAAAAAAGACCUUAAUUUGCGUAUAAUUGGAACUCUUGGCCAUAGCAAGGGCGCGGCGGUUGUUCUAUUACACGCAGCAAAAUAUGUGGACUCUACGCCUCCUUUCGUAAUCAACCUCUCGGCUCGCUUUGAUCAUAGUGAGACUCCUGAAGGUCGAUUUACUCCCGAGAUGAUGGCUUCUCUUAAUGAAAAGGGGUCAUUCGUAUUGACGUACCAGCAAAAGCCUUAUAUAAUCACCGCCGAAGAUAUUCGCGUACGGAAUAGCUUAGAUAUGACUGUUGUCAAGAAUAUCAAGAACAGUACAAAAGUAUUGACUGUACAUGGAGAUGCGGAUAACAUUUGUCCAGUAAAAGGAGCGUACGAGUACGAUCGGCUGCUUGGGGAUAGGCAUAAAUUAGUAAUUGUGAAGAACGCGGGACAUAGCUGGCGCCACACUUCAGCAGAAAUCGAAGAACUCGGACAAACUGUUGUGGAGUGGAUUAAGGAAAAUUGGCAGUGGGCCAUAGAGAAUGCGUGA